AAGAAGAAACAUUUCCGUUUCAGUCGAGUAGUAUUGGUCGUACAGCAUACUACUUUGUGCAGUCGUUAAUCGUUAUUAUUUACAUUAUACAAUAUUAUAUUAUAAUAUACAAUAACAGUUUCAAACAAUCUAACCACAACCAACAACAGCUUGUUUUCCAUUAAAUCUUGUUUUGAAAACCUAAAAUGACUUACAAACUUACUUAUUUCAACAUCAGAGGUAAAGCCGAACCCAUCAGGUUCAUUUUGGCAUACUCGGGAAUCGACUAUGAAGACAACCGCAUAGAUCCUUCAACGUGGCUAAGUUUAAAACCAAAUGCGCCAUUUGGUCAAUUGCCACUCUUGGAAAUCGACGGAAAAGUGUUAAAUCAGUCUAUGGCAAUAUGUCGUUAUUUGGCCAAAAAAGCAGGAUUGUUAGGCAGCGAUGAUUGGGAAUCGUUGUUGGUGGAUAUUGCGGUUGACAACAUUGGUGACUUCUUACAAGAUUUUAGAGUACAUUGGCUCCCUGACACUGAUCCAUCAAAAGCUACAAAGUACAAUACCCUUAUAAACGAAUCUAUUCCUUUCUACAUUGACAAGUUUGAACAGAUCGUCAAAAACAACAAUGGUUACUUUGUGAACGGAAAGUUGACUUGGCCUGAUUUAUUCUUUGUUUCGCUUCUGGAUACGCUGAAAUUUGUAGCAAAAAAAGAUUUUCUCGAAGAUAAACCUAACUUAAACGCUCUCGUGGACAAAGUUUUAAGUUUGCCUCGAAUUAAAACGUGGACAGAGAAAAGACCGAAAACAGAUUGUUAAAUACUUAAAUGUAAUAUAUCUGUUUUUGUUUUGAAUUAAUUUUUACUUCAAAAUGAAUUAUUUCACAUUGACAAGAUAGUUUUUUUGAAUAUAAAAAUAAAAUUAAACAAUUUAUAUUAAUUCUAAGACCAGUUCUGAAUUUAGCACCGUAUUAAUAAAACAAUAGUGAUAUUAAUAAAACGAUUGUCUAAAAUACAUUUUUUUUAAAUAUUCAAAUAUACAAGACACGCUGAAAAUAGCACAAAA